CCCACGUACUAUUAAUGUUGUGUAUGAAAAUUAUUAAUGAUUAUGACACAUCAGAUGGACACUGUGGAGAACAAAAAGUGCAGUCGUCCGCGACAAGAAGAAGAGUUGAAUUCACAAUCUGGUAAAAAUCACCAUUGCUUUUCUCUGUUUUGCACGCAAAACACGAAGCAAAUUCACUCGUGUUUUUGGCGCGCAUUGUAACCGUCGUCCCAGCAAGUCGUUACGAUUUAGGGCUACUCUCUCUCACCUCAUGGUCCCACCCACCAACUACCUCUACGUCUUCUUCAACAUCGUUCAAAUUCAAUGGCUUGGCAACAUCUACCUCUGUUUCUUCAGCCUUCACAUUCUCGCACACCAAGUGUUGGACGAUUUCUCUCUUCUAAAUAUGAUUAUGAGAAGAACCCAAUGCGUAUCUGCCUUUGUUGUGUUGUUGUUGUUCAGUUCUGUACAGUGCCACAACAACUUCACCGAUUUGUUUGGUCCGUUGCACGCUCAAAUUUUCUACAAUCAGCUCUCGAAUAUCACUUUCUCGCUACUCAGAAACGAUAUCGCCGACACUGCUAGCUUCUGCAUCAGGGAUCCGGUUUUUGAUUGGGACCAAACGUUCAAUUUUUCUUCUAAUUUGACCUUCCUGACUUCUUGUGCUCUGAAAAGUAACGAUAUUUUGCGGCAUGUGUGUACACCAGCAGAAGUAAAGUUAUACUUCAUGAGUUUAUUUAAAAGGGAAUCAGAUAGCACCAAUUAUCUAAAGCUUAACAAGAACUGCAAUCGAACAUCUUGGUUUGCCGGUUGCGAGCCAGGUUGGGCAUGUAGUGCUGGCUCAAAUGUGGAGUUUGGGCACAGUUAUUCGAAGGACAUACCUGCUAGAACUCUUGACUGUCAGGCUUGUUGUGAAGGUUUUUUCUGUCCUCAUGGUUUUGCUUGCAUGAUACCUUGCCCAUUGGGUUCCUAUUGCCCGCUUGCGACUCUCAACAAAACUACCGGCAUAUGUGAACCAUACCGCUACCAACUGCCACCCGGACGGCCAAAUCAUACUUGUGGUGGAGCUAAUAUAUGGGCAGAUGUUGGUAGCAGUAGUGAAGUAUUCUGUUCGGCAGGAUCAUAUUGUCCGAGUAAUAUCCAAAAAACUUCUUGCAGUAGUGGGCAUUACUGCAGGAAGGGUUCUAUUUCUGAGAAACGGUGCUUCAAAUUGUCUUCAUGUGAUCCCAAUACUGCGAAUCAGGAUAUUCAUGCAUAUGGCAUUAUACUAAUAGCUGCUUUAAGUACUCUCCUGCUUACUAUUUACAACUGUUACGACCAAGUUCUCACCAUUCGGGAAAUGAGAAAUGCCAAAGCCAGGAAAGCAGCAGCUAGAAGUGCGAGGGAGAAAGCACAGGCACGCGAUAAGUACAAAUCUGCUAAAAAUGCUGCUAAGAAGCCCAAAAUUGCAUCACCAAGUCAAUUAUCUCUGGCUUCUUGUAAAAAAACUGUGAUACAUCCUCAGGCACUUGAGAGCUUGAGUCAAACUAAAGCUAAGACAGAUGAUGAUCUAGAUUCAUCUUUGUAUAUAACUGCUUUGAACUCGCCUGAGCAAUCUUCCCAUGCAGUCGAAGAUGACCCUGGUAGUUGCAAUGCUUUCAGUUUAGAGCUUGGAGAUAAAAAUACAGACAGGAAAAUGAAAAAUGAAAAACAAAUUCGUACUCACAGUGAGAUUUUCCAGUAUGCAUAUGCUCAACUAGAGAAAGAGAAAGCUUUGCUGCACCUGCAGCAGAAUAAGAACCUUACCUUCUCAGGAUUAAUUUCAAUGGCUACUAGUCAGGAAAUCAGGAAAAGGCCCAUGAUUGAGGUUUCCUUCAGAGACCUUUCUCUUACUUUGAAAAGAAAAAACAAACAUCUUUUAAGGUGUGUUACUGGGAAAAUAAUGCCUGGCCACAUUACUGCUGUAAUGGGCACAUCUGGAGCUGGGAAAACAACACUCAUUUCUGCUCUGGCGGGAAAAACAGUUGGAUGCAAGAUGACUGGUUUAAUUCUUAUCAACGGAAAACCUGAAUCAAUCCAUUCAUACAGAAAAAUCAUUGGAUUUGUGCCACAGGAUGAUAUUGUGCAUGGAAAUUUGACAGUGGAGGAGAAUCUCUGGUUCAGUGCUAGGUGCAGACUAUCUGCAGACUUGUCGAAGCCAGAUAAGGUUCUAAUUGUUGAAAGAGUUAUCGAGUCGUUGGGGUUGCAAGCAGUGCGUGAUUCCUUGGUUGGAACAGUAGAGAAGCGACGAAUAUCAGGAGGCGAAAGGAAGCGAGUAAAUGUUGGCCUGGAGUUGGUAAUGGAACCAUCACUUUUGAUCUUAGAUGAACCUACUUCUGGUUUGGAUAGUUCUACUUCCCAGCUACUUCUGAGAGCACUUCGACGUGAAGCUCUUGAAGGGGUCAACAUCUGCAUGGUUGUCCACCAACCUAGCUACACCUUGUUCAAGAUGUUUGAUGAUUUAAUACUUCUAAAAGGCGGCCUUACUGUGUAUCAUGGACCGGUAAGCAAAGUUGAAGAGUAUUUUGCAGGCCUUGGGAUCAAUGUACCAGAGCAUAUGAAUCCUACAGACCAUUUUAUUGACGUUCUGGAGGACAUAGUUAAGCCGAUCACAAGUUUGAGCAUAAAUUACAGAGAGCUUCCGAUGAGAUGGAUGCUUCAUAAGGGUUAUCCAGUACCCCCAGAUAUGCAGCAGGAUUGUGCUGGACUUGUUAUGUCAUCCACAGGAGUAAAUCUAGACAAUCAAAAAAGCUCUGUUGAUGCUGAAAAUAAGGAACAAUCUCUUGCUGGAGAAAUAUGGAAGGAUAUGAUAUGUACUCUGGAGCUUCACUGGGAUAUCAUACAGCACAAUAUCUUGAGGUCUAGGGACUUGUCCAAUCGGAGAACUCCAGGUGUUCUGAUGCAAUAUAAAUACUUUCUUGGGAGGGUUGGCAAGCAGCGACUACGAGAAGCUAGACUAAUAGCAGUUGAUCUUCUCAUCUUGUUACUUGCUGGUGCCUGCGUAGGAUCACUUACAAAAACCGGUGAUGAAGAUUUUGGGGUAUUUGGUUAUAUUCAUACCAUCAUUGCUGUCUCUCUUUUAUGCAAAAUUGCGGCUUUGCGAACAUUUUCUCUGGACAAGUUACAAUAUUGGAGGGAGAGUGCUUCUGGCAUUAGCAGCCUGGCUCAUUUUCUUUCCAAGGAAACAAUAGAUCAUUUUAAUACAGUGAUAAAGCCUGUGGUGUAUCUCUCAAUGUUCUAUUCCAUCAGCAACCCCAGAUCUUCUUUUGCUGAUAAUUACAUUGUAUUGUUGUGCCUCGUGUACUGUGUUACUGGCAUAGGUUAUGCACUGUCCAUCUUCCUUGGACCUGGUCCUGCCCAACUGUGUGCGGUGCUGAUUCUAGUAGUUUUAGCUCUGAUUUCAAUUCAGACUGGAGAGAGUAAAUUUGUGACGAAACUAGCAAACUUGAGCUAUCCAAGAUGGGCUUUGGAAGCAUUUGUGAUUGCAAAUGCAGAAAGGGUUGGCAAGCAGCGACUACGAGAAGCUAGACUAAUAGCAGUUGAUCUUCUCAUCUUGUUACUUGCUGGUGCCUGCGUAGGAUCACUUACAAAAACCGGUGAUGAAGAUUUUGGGGUAUUUGGUUAUAUUCAUACCAUCAUUGCUGUCUCAGAUAUUUUACGGCUUGUGUGUACACCAGCAGAAGUAAAGUUAUACUUCAUGAGUCUAUUUAAAAGGGAAUCAGAAAGCACCAAUUAUCUAAAGCUUAACAAGAACUGCAAUCGAACAUCUUGGUUUGCCGGUUGCGAGCCAGGUUGGGCAUGUAGUGCUGGCUCAAAUGUGGAGUUUGGGCACAGUUAUUCGAAGGACAUACCUGCUAGAACUCUUGACUGUCAGGCUUGUUGUGAAGGUUUUUUCUGUCCUCAUGGUUUUGCUUGCAUGAUACCUUGCCCAUUGGGUUCCUAUUGCCCGCUUGCGACUCUCAACAAAACUACCGGCAUAUGUGAACCAUACCGCUACCAACUGCCACCCGGACGGCCAAAUCAUACUUGUGGUGGAGCUAAUAUAUGGGCAGAUGUUGGUAGCAGUAGUGAAGUAUUCUGUUCGGCAGGAUCAUAUUGUCCAAGUAAUAUCCAAAAAACUUCUUGCAGUAGUGGGUAUUGUUUCUUAUCCACAUCUUUACAGUUUUUUAGUUUCUUUCUUUUGUUGCUACCUCGAGUUAUUGCCUAAGGAGCA